AUAAACCAGGGAACUAUGACGGGGUACCUGUCUGUGGUCUUACCUGUCUGUUUCCCUGUCUCACAUUUCUCUCUCUCUCUCUCUCUCUCUCUCUCUCUCCAGAUAAACCAGAGAAUUAUGACGUGUGGUACGAGAGUCGCUUCGAGGACUGUGACAAGGAAGCCUGCCUGUCCUUCUCCAAGGAGUCUCUGUGUAAUCGCGUCACCGUGGACCACAACUACUACGCUGUGUGUCAGAACCUGCUAUCGCGUUACGCCACGUGGCGAGGGACCACCGGCGGCCUGCUCCACGACCCCCCCGCCCACAUAGCCAAAGACGGCCAGCUGGAAGCGCUGUUGGACGAGUGUACCAACCCUAAAAAACGCUACGGACGCUUCACGGCCGCCAAGGAGCUGAGAGACUACCUCACCCAGCUAGUGGCCUCCGCCUCGGCGAGGUAAUGACCAGAGCUGGCGGUUAUAGCGGUGGCCGGCAUCUCAGCCGCACGGUGGUUCGGGUUAGGUGAGGGUUUGAUCUCCCCCUCUGACCUUGUCCCCGGGAACUUGACCAUGACCUUUGAACCUUGACACUCCUCCUCGUCUCACUUCAAGUCCAGGAGAUCGCCACCCCGCUGGUCACACGGCAGCAGCUUUGAUCGUCUCCUGGUGUCAACCAACCAGAGCAGCUUCAGAGGAGAUGUUUAAAACGGAACUGACUGUGGUAGCUGGUUGGAGCUGAAGGACCAGGAGGAAGAGGAUUAGCCAAUAAAGAGAGCUUUAACCCGUGGUUAGGCUAACAUAGACUGUACACGACUUCUCUCCUCCACCCAGACCCUCUCUGUUUAUCCAUCAGGACUCUUGUGUUUGCUAUCAUUUUAUCUUAACCAUUCUUUCUUUCUGAAAACGUCCCUGUUGUCCUUUUUGGUUUGGGGUGGAACGAAUCAGAACCGGAGCAUGUUGACAUUUCUGCUGUAUGUUCUGUUCAGGAGGACGGUCACUAUCUCAACUCUGCUAUUGUCCCACGUGGAGACCUGACCGCAGGUUAACAGAGGAAGACGAAGCCUUGGCUAUAAAAGUCUUUACUUCCUGCUACUCUAAUUGAUCACUUGAUUUCCAGUUCACCUGAAGUCAGGCAAUCAACGUUUUUAUAUAGGGAGGGAGGAACAGGAUAGGGAUGCCAGUGAGGACUGUGGUGGUGCAGAAUCUGAUAUUAGAUGUUGUGUGUGUUUACCAAAGAGGCUAUAUGAAACACUGAACUACCCCCCAGUACCAUGACACAACGCUGUUGAUCCUAUAUGACUGCCCAGAGGAACCUUCCCUCCAUCUGUCUGGCAACACAAUCUGCAUAGGAACGAUUUGUAUGAAUCCAACUUA